AUGAACCAUAUUAUCCUCACACAUUCUGAUUUAUUAACUACACUAGCUGACGAACUACCGUGUAACAAACAACGACAGUCAUUUGUUCAAGGUUUACUUCAUGCUUAUAAACUAGAUCAGCAAGUCGAAAUCUUACCAAUUAUUCCCAUCGAAUGGGCAUUAUUGGAACAAUACCAUGACACAGAUUUCAUAAAGGAGUUGCAACGACCUAGAGACGAUCUUGACAAGCAAUCGGAAGAUUACAAAGAGAUUAUGGAGUCUGUAUCUGAAGAAUUUGAAGGUUUGGGUGAUAAGGAAGACGAAUUGCUUGAUGACAGUAAUGAUGAAAAAUACGGACUUGCAUUCGAUUGUUGUCCAUUCCCAUUUAUGCGUUAUUACGUGAAUUUAACUGCUGCUUCUACAAUACAACUAGCAAGAAAAAUAGCGCACAGUUCCAUAGAAAUUGGAUCUGGUAGGGUCAUCGGAAUAAAUUGGUAUGGUGGUAGACACCAUUGUCAUCGCUCUAAAUGCUCAGGUUUUUGCUACAUAAACGACAUCGUUCUUGGAAUAACCACCAUUCGCAAGAUGUUUUCCGGUAAUGUUUUCUAUUUAGAUUUGGAUUUGCAUAAUGGUGAUGGAGUGGCUGAAGCAUUUAAAUAUUCAAAGAAAGUUGCAACUUGUUCGGUGCAUAGAUGUGACGUUGGGUUUUUUCCAGCAGGGUCAGGAAAGUUAGAGGAUUCUGUUUCUGGGAUGUAUAAUGUACCUACAAAGCGAGGUUUGACCGAUGAAGGUAUGUUAUGGAUCCUCCAGAAUGUAGUAUUUCACUUGAUCGAUAAGCAUCAACCGGAGUACUUGGUUGUGCAAUUAGGAUGUGAUGGGCUUAAUACAGACCCUAGUAAUGAGUGGAACAUGACAAUCCAGGGGUAUCUGGAGACAAUACGAUUAUUGAUUGAGAGAGUAAACAUACCAGUUAUGGUGCUAGGUGGUGGAGGUUACAACUACACCGAGGUUGCUAAAUGUUGGACCUAUGUAACUGGUGCAUUGUUGGGUUACAGUGCUGACAAUUUCGACGAAAUUCCUGAGCAUAAACUACUCGACCAUUAUGAAGUCGAUGGUUAUAGAUUCUGGACUGAUUCCAAUCUACAACUGGGUAAAAUGAAGAAUGAAAAUGAUUUGGAAUAUUUGCAAUGUUUGCAGAAGCAUUUGCUAUCUCUAUAA